AUGCUGUUUUCUUCCAAUGUAGCCAAGAUUCUGGCUAAUUGCAAAAAUGAAGAAAAAGCAUUUAGCAAAGAGAAGGAUACCCCUUUCUUUCAUAAUGUAACGAAUAAACACUCUUCGGCGAACCAAUCCUUUCUUAUCAAACCUGAAAUAAUUUUUCAAUCAAAAACACCAUCUGCAGACUAUUCUACUAUUAUAUCUGAAGCUAUGAACAAUGUAAUUCUUCAUAACUCUCUAGAGAAUUAUAAUAAAGCAUUUCAAUGCAUUCAAAAAUUAUCUCGCAACAGAAAUCAAUCAAAUGAUGUUGUGAAUUUUGCUAAAUCUUUUAUUACAGAAGAUUUAGAAAUCAUUUUAUCACAGUUUUCAAGUCUUGAUAGCAUGGAAAAGAUUAAUUUGAAAUUAAUUGAAUUAAAGAAGGCUAUUGAGUAUAUUACAUCACUUCUAUACUCUCCGAUUCGGUCAUAUUCCUUUUCAAGAGAACCAAAUCAAAUAAUUACAGAUGUUUUGAUAGAUUUUGUCAAAUAUAACCCUGAUAUAAUCAAAACAAACAUGGAAUUUGCGUUAAAUUAUGCAGUACAAUCAAUUCUCAACACUCCUGAAAAUAUAGAUGAUUUAACUUUGGAUUUUAUUAAAAAUUUGAGUGAUAUCUUCACUCAAUCUCAAUUUAUCACAGAGUUUUCCUCUUUCUUGUCCAAAGGAGACUAUGAUUACAUGAUAUAUGACCAAGAAAUCGACCAAGUUUUGUAUCAUUUGUAUAAUACUCGAGCACAAAUCAAAAAACUAUCAUCAAAGUUAGGUGAAACAUUAGUUGCUUCAAUAAUCGAUGCAGUUACUACUUCUUUAUUUAAGAACCGAUUUGAAAAUGAAAAUGUUGAAAUUAUUCAACAAAUUUUCACAUCAGAUAACAGAGAAUUAAUCAACAUUCUUCUAGAAAUAUCAGAUGCACGUAAUGAUACAACUCUAAGUGACUUAUUAAGCUCUGGUUACCAAAGUUACACCAAAUCAGUUCUAAAAAAGUAUCUUUCAUACGGAGACCUCGGAGGAAUUGACCAAAUAUUGUUGUUCUUUCAGUCAUUGCUAGAUUUAAACCUUCCUCAGAUUCAUCCUGUUAUGAAAGCAUUUCAACAAGGUCUGAACGAAUCUCCAUCACUUAUAUCAUUUGAAUUCGCCAGAUUUUGCAAUACAAUGAUUCUUUUCCAUCAAGAAGACUUCAAGAAAAAUAUUGAUCUCAUAAUUCAUUUCUUUGGCGAAUUGUAUUCAAUAGAUAACUUUCUAACAUAUUAUAUGCAAUUUCUAACUCUUAGAUUAUUAGAAUACAAAGAAUUUAUCCCUGAUGCGGAAAAAAUCAUGUUAAAACAUAUAAAUGAUGCAUGUGGAUAUAAUACAAACGCAUCUAAAUUGGAAAUUAUGAUAAAAGAUGCAGAAAACAAUUCCCAACAAGCAAAUUCAAAUUCUAUCGCAACAUUUUACUUAAUUAAAGAAGAUGCAUGGCCAUACUUUUCAGAAGUUGAAAUAGAGACACCAGAUAUGAUAAAUAAUGCUUUUGAAGAGUUUAAGAAUCAAUACAUUGAGAAAAAUCCGAAACAUCAAAUUAAAUGGCUGAAAAUACUUGACAAAGUCCAUUUUACCUGUAACAGUAUUGAAAUUGAGUGUUCAGCAUUUCAUUACUCAAUUCUGCUUCAAAUUACUCAACAAAAAGAAAUAGAAUUGAAAACAGAACGAGAUAAAAGUGCAAUUGAAGAUUUAAUUAAAGCAAACCUAAUUGUUAAGCAUGAGAACACGUAUUUGUUUACUCCUCCAACAAAACCAGUAAAAGUUAGUAAUUUACCCGAAUUAAUUCCAGUUGCUGAGAAAGAAUCAGAAGCAAACCAAAUCAAUCAGAUAAGACAGACAGCUCUUGAAGCAGGAAUCAUUAAAAUUGCAAAGAAACAUCAAAUAAUCAAAGUUGACGAUUUAUUUAAUGAAACAUCAUCUUAUGUCAAAUUCCCAUUGACUAGAGAGGAUUUUGAUAUCAGACUUGGAAAGAUUCUUAAGAUGGAACUUCUUUCAACAACAAAAGACGGAAGAAUCCAAUUUACUCCAUAA